GUGCCCAUGGCGCUCUACGGCGCCGUGCCGCUGGUCACGGCCGUCCACCGCUGGGCGGACGGCGCGGCGGCGUCCGGCUUCUUCUUCUGCAACCCGUCCGAGGGCUUCGUGAAGGUCGACGGGCCAGACUCCGGCUUCUUCGGAGGGUCACCCGACACGCGGUCGUGGUGGGUGUUCGAGUCCGGCAUCAUCGACACGUUCCUCUUCGCUGGUCCCACCGCCGCGGCCGUCAUGCAGCAGUACCACACCGUCACCGGCUGGGGCAGGCUGCCGCCCUUCAGCACCCUGGGGAAGCACCAGUCGCGCUGGAACUACGUCGAUGUUGAUGACUCCAUCGGCGUGAACAAGAAGUUCGACCAGCACGACAUUCCGUACGAUGUCCUGUGGCUGGACAUUGAGCACACGGACGGCAAGAAGUACUUCACGUGGCACCCCACGCACUUCGCCAAGCCCGACGAGCUCCUCGGCGCCCUCGAGCAGUCCAAGCGGAAGCUCGUCACAAUCGUGGACCCGCACAUCAAGCGGGAGAGCGGCUACGACGUCUUCGAGACAAUCAAGAAAAUGGACCUCUUCACCAAGACGAGCGCCGGCGUCCAGUACGACGGGUGGUGCUGGCCGGGGACGUCGUUCUACCCAGAUUUCUGCAACCCGGCCAUGCGUGAUCAGUGGGCCAAGUUCUUCGCGAUGGAUUACUACCCGCACAAUAGUUCCGACUGCAGCUCCACCAAGGCCAUCUUCGGCGCCUACACCGACGAGUACACCGUUUCUGAAGGUUCCUUGGAUGGACCGAGCCCGCUGAAGCAGGACAAAUCUAGGACCAGCCUGGAAGUGUUGAGCAUGGCGGACGACGGGUUCAAGUCUGCAGAUGGCUGGGCACAGUGGCACAUCAACGAGGCGGAGUUCGCUGUAGACAACAGCGGUUCCACCUUCAUCAAGAAUUACAAGGACUUCGAUGGCGUGCUGAGCGACAACCGUGAAGCGUUCCUCAAAGCGGAGAGGGCGCAAGAGCAGAGGUUGGCGCUGUGGAGGACGGCCACGGACUCAGUUAUCAGCAUCGUCGGAGGCGAGCAGGUGAACAUCAACGGCAGCAAGUACGUCGGCAGCGUGGAGAGCAACAGCGAUCAGGUUUUGGAGGGCGACGAAGGGUCUACCAAGUCCAGCCUGGUCCUGAGGAGGGGGAUGAAUGGCGAAGAGAGCCGCGGGGAGGACAUCGAGGAUGAGGAAAGCACGCAGGCAGGAUCGAUCCGAUGCCUGGAGAUGGUGGCGGAAGCAGGGCGCCAAGGUUGGCUUCUGCCAGUGAACGAGGACCAGGGCGGGAAGAACGGCAAGGUGGCGGUUCGAGAAGACGAGUUUUCGUGA